UUGCGACGUAUACAAUAAUAUAUAGGAAUCUUUGUAAUUCAUAUGCCUCGUGUUCUUGCUGUUCUUGGAAGUGCUUCGUUAUGAUGUUUUUAAAGCGACACAAAAAGAAGUUCGUGUUAUUGAUCUUCUUAAUAUUUUCGUUUCAUUCUAUGCUACCGUAUAUUUUUAACAAUUUUGAACGCGAAUCCACUUCGACAAGACCGCCAAGAGCGAUUAAUUCUUCUCAGUCUAUGAAGUUAAAGACGAACGAAGUCUUAUUAAAAGCCGCAAAACCAAAUAAAUCACGGAUUGACAUGGUCAACGACUAUUAUCCAUUUGUGGAUUUUAGAUUCGUUUAUCCCGAAAUUUCGCCGAAAGUUGACGAAACGCGGAAAAUAUUUAUGAUAAUAUUAGUCAAUUCUGGCGCAAAGGGAAUCAAAUUCCGCCAACGCCGCGAAGCUAUCCGUCAAACAUGGGGAAGUACGGGUAAUUGCGAACAACUUAACGCAUUGGGAGAUGGAAAACUGAAAGACCUAAGAUGGUUGUUGGUGUUUGUUGUUGGAAAAGCAGGACCAGGAACACGUGACGAUGAAUUAAAUGAAGCUGAAGCUAGACGGUACAAUGAUAUGUUGAUAGGCAAUAUCACUGACAACUACAUUAAUAACAUUAUCAAAUUCUACAUGGGUCAUUUUUGGGCGAACAAAUUUGAUGUAAAAUAUACAAUGAAAACAGAUGAUGAUGUUUAUGUGCGUAUACCUCGCGUGUUGGAGUAUCUUGUGAAUGCUAAACUUCCAAGACCCUUCUACGGAGGUUCUUCUCUGGCACCCAGUCAUAGAAUGCGAAGGUAUGUAGCAUCUUUCAAAGACUGUGAGAUUUUCAGUUGGAAUGCUUUCGGGCAUUCUUUGGAUCCACGAUCAAUGAAAGAACUUCAUCUUCGCGUGCAGAAUCUUGUGUGUAAAAAUAUCACUUUGGAUAUUGAGGAUCAUCGUUGCGGAAAAUCCGCAGUUAAAACAACGACAUCAACAAGGGGUCGGUUUCGAUAAGUCUGCGAACAAAGACAUAAAUAAGACACGAAACGAGCAUAUGCAUAUAAUUAUACACACAAUUAUAUAUGUCGUAUAUUAAUUAUAUAUUAAUUAUUUAAGAGAAUUGAUCACUCAGUUCUCUUUUAUGAAAUUAUAUAUAUAGUCUCCGUUAAAUAUUGCUAAGGACAUCUAUUUAUUAUAUCUCCACCAAUUUUUCGUGCUUAUUGGUUAUUACCUAAUAAAUAGCAUGCAAGCGUUUCUCCAAGCUGGCAACUUGGCGUAGGCGUAGCUUUACUAUAGCCGGUUUUCCACUAGCGAUAUUUUUCGCCCGAAGGCAUUAACUGACAGUCUGCAGCACAUACAAGUAUAAAAUUUACUCGCGAACUAUUAGCUCCAGAAAUAAGUUUUUAUCACCCCGACUGUUGUUAAGAUCUUAAAGUUAC